AUGUCCUACCCACUCGGUUUUCCCCCGGAGCAACCGCUCGUGACGGUCACUCAUCCUUCCGCAACUACAUGGCUGCUCGAGAUGCACAAUGGCGACGACAGUCGCUUCACAGAGAAGUUCAUAAACAAGGCUAUGAUGCCUGCGUUGGACGCUGUCGAACGCCACUGGCGAGAGAACUGGCGUGCAGCUAGAGCGGCGAAGGACAAGGAGGGCGGGAAGGGCACCCUCAUUAUCGUCGGUAAACGGACGCAGAACAAGUUCUUCAGUAACGGACUCGACUAUGACAACUUGGUGAAGGAUCCAAACUUCCACACGAACUUCUUCCCCCUGGUGUUCAAUCCCCUCAUCCGAAGGCUGUUCACUUUCCCGAUUCCUACGGUAGCAGCCAUCAAUGGCCACUGCUUCGCCGCCGCCUUCGGGCUCGCGAUAUGCUGUGAUUACCGCGUUAUGACCGACGGCAGCACUCGGAACGCUUGGAUGUGCAUGAAUGAGGUGCACUUCGGUGCCGGAUGGCCCCUGUCCUUCGUAGGAAUUUUCCGGGCAAAGGUCUCGGAUAACAGAGUCCUGCGCAAGAUCGCCUUGGAAGGGCAUCGCUUCACUCCUGCGGAGGCACUUGAUGCCGGUCUGGUAGACCACCUUGUCAAGGGCGACACGGCGGCGGUCAUUGCCAAGGCACGCCAGGUCGGUGAGUCUGUGAGCGGGAUGACUUAUGCAGGAGCGUGGGGUGUCAUCAAGCGUGACCUGUACAGGGAUGCAGUGGAGACGAGCGAGAGGACCGUAUUGCAAGCCAGUGUCCUCUCGGAGGAUGCAGCGGCUAAAGCGAGAUUGUGA